CCAAAAUCGGCGCACGCGGCGAUGCGCGGGAAAACAUCGAGCGUCAGUCGUAGACGGGAAGAGCGCGCGCGCACACGCCGGCCACACCGCGCUUAUAGGUUAGAAUUGGCGCGUCCCGCGGCCGCCAGGUGCGAACCUCGCCCGCUCUAACUCACCGGCAAACCUAUCCUCCCUCUCGCACGCUACCUGCGGACAGCUGUUUUCUCUCGGGAGAUUAGUCAGAUGUUUCUCGGUAACCAGUCAGUGCUCACCUGACGCGCGCUACGCUACGAUAUGGCGGCCGGAGGACGUACACCCAAGCAAAGGAGGUUCGAGAUGUCAGCUGGUAUGGCACUGAGGACUUCAAACACUCCAAGGAGGAGACGCGGUAGCUGCAAGUGCUUGUUCGGAGCGCCUGACCGGGAUGAGACGAAGCGAUUAAUGGCUGAGCAGUACGCCAGAGAGAGGAAACGCUUCAUCAGGCGCUUCAAUUUCGACAUUGAGACAGAGUGCAUGUAUAAAUCUGCAAAGUUGGACUCUCCGGUUAAGUUUUGUGAAGAGGAUAAAGAGAACGCAGAAAGUCCUGUGAGGAUGGCGACAGAGGCGCUGGCGUGUGUGGAGAACACAGACCUGAGGGUGUUGGGCUCUCCCUCCAGGAGGAAUGCUGGGAGUAGUACGAGCUCGCCGCGUACUCCUCGCACGCCCAGAACUCCCCGGGCGGCUCGCACCCCGCGCACGCCUCGCACCCCUGCAUCCAGAAGACAGCUGCAAAUGACAGAUUACUGGACAUUAAGAAAACACACAGACGGUGCUUCCAGCGAUAAGGAAAACUAGUUGAAAAUCAACCUAUUUCAACUUUAAAUUAUAAAUUAUAAGUUAUAAGUAAUUUUAUAUAUAAUACUUAUAGUAGUUUAGAAGAUUAAAAGUUCAACUUUGUGUAAAAAGCGUGUUUUUAUAAGUUAUUAUUGUAAACAAAGUUAUUUGUAUUUAUAAUUAAAUUAAUAAAUAAGUAAUUAGUAAUCAUUAAGGGUGCAUGGUGUUCCUAUGAAUAUCUAUUUCUUUUUCGUAGAUUUUUUUAAAGUAUUGAUCAAGAAAAUUGUUUGGAUGAUAAAAACUUUUGGAUGUAAUUAGAGGCUAAAAUUAUUUGAAAAAAUCGUAAUUAAAAAGAUUUAAAUAAUAUUUAACAAAAUUU